UCCAAAUGGGACAUCCGGACGAAGAUCUGGGACUACAUGGAAGCAAAUAACCUGGCUGAUUUCCCAAGACCAGUGCAUCACCGGAUCCCCAAUUUCAAGGGGUCUCACCAGGCUUGCCAUGCUGUCCGAGAGCUUGACGUGUUCAAAAGAACAAGUGAGAUUAAAGUGGACCCUGACAAACCACUAGAAGGAGUUCGGCUAGUGACCUUACAGGCAAGGAAAACUUUGUUGGUUCCAACACCGCGACUGAGAACUGGGCUGUUUAAUAAGAUUGUCCCACCACCAGGAGCAACUAAAGAGAUCCUGAGAAUAUGUGCAACCUCUCAAGGGGUAAAGGAUUACAGUGUGCCUAUAGGUCUGGACGCAAAAGUCCAAGUGGACCUGGUUGUUGUAGGAUCGGUCGCUGUUUCUGAAAAAGGUUGGAGAAUUGGGAAAGGGGAAGGUUUUGCAGAUAUGGAAUAUGCAAUGAUGAUGUCAAUGGGAGCCAUCAGAGAGGACACCCCAGUAGUUACUAUCGUGCAUGACUGCCAGGUGGUUGACAUUGCAGAAGAGCUGCUUGAUGACCAUGAUUUAACUGUGGAUUACAUCCUCACUCCAACAAGAACCAUUAAAACAGGCUGCAAACGACCAAAACCACAAGGAAUAAUAUGGCAUAAGAUCAGCUACGAGAUGCUGGAAAGAAUCCCAAUCCUAAAGAAUCUUCGCUAUAGAGAGAAGCAGGCAGGCCAAGAUGUUAUCCUGAAAGACGAACAUCCAGGCUUUCCAAACGCCAGGAAACCAGCAGACUCCGAUGAAAAUGCCAAGACUGGAAAUACAAAACUGCAAACCGAGUCCACCUCGGCCCAAAUUAGACAGCAUCAUGUUGGAAAUGAUUCUUUAAGUACCAAAUCAGAGACACAUGGUGCACUCACCACUGUCUAUGUAGGUAAUAUACCUCCAGGCACAAGAGUGAGUGAGUUAAAAAGUGCUUUACGAGAAUUCCAUGCAUCCCCGUUGCGGCUCAGUUGGCAGGGAGCACAGGGCCGGGCUUUUCUUGAUUACAUGGAUAAAAUGACUGCUGAGAGUGUUGUAUCCUCUUUGAAAGGCUUAAGCCUCAGGGGUCAGACUUUGCGAGUUGAGAUGGCCAAGAACCAGAGAAACAAAGGGCAAGUAGAAAUCAAUGGACAGAGAAACAAGUAUGAAUAGAAAAAAUUAGGUCUAUCUUCAUUGCUCAUCAAGAAUCCAACCUAGUUUUUCAAGGAUCUCAGCACAGUCUCUAACUUUGUGGACUAAACAGUAUCCAACAAUAGAAUUUAAAAGCCAGCUUUUCUAGCAGAUUAGGCAUGCAGUUGCACAGCUGAUUUGCUGACUGUUUCUACAAAUGUUUAUGCAAAUCAAGUAUUUGCCUAUGCAGAUGAAAAAUUGGCCCUUUCGGCAUACAGUUACUCAGUUUAUGUCUUCAGUUGCCAGUAGUUGUGGUGCACUAGAUAGGUGUGUCAUUGUACACACAUACACAUUCGUUUGCACACAUGCCCUGUUUGGAAAACUGCCCCAAGGAAUCUAUGUACCCACAAUUCUAGCCAGAUGCCUAUAUUCUGUCAUCGGUGCUGGCAGGGAAAUGUACCUGCACAGCUGUGCACACACAUUUAGAGGUGAGCUUUUGAAAAAUCUAGUCUGUGGGAUGCAACACUUGCCAGACAGGACCCGAUCCUGUGAGGUGCAAAGGACAGCUGGCUAGGAAAACUGCCC